GUACAUGAAGGACUUUCUGAGAUUAUUAAGAAAUGGCAUUUUCACAACCCACAGAUGAAGCCCAGACACCAGCAGUAUGUCAGCUCUGUGAAGAGUCCUCAGAUAUAAGAUGGAAAUGCAUAAACUGUGAUGUAUUUAUGUGUCAACUUUGUACAACAAAGAUUCAUACAAAACUUAAAUCAACAGAUCAACAUGAAUUGAUAAAUUUAAAAGACUUUGGAAGUGAAGAUGUUGCAAAGGCAAUACGUAAGGUGGAUCUUAGAACCAUGCCAUGUACAAAUCAUAGUGAUCAAAUAUGCUGUGCAUUCUGUACAGAUUGUGACCAACCAGUUUGCGUGGACUGUUUAAUAGAUUCCCAUAAAAAACAUGAGUGUACAAAACUGAAUGAAGUUUAUGAUAUGGCUAUUUCUGAAAUGACGGCCUUACAAAAUAAACUUGAAUCUAGUCAAGAGAUUUUAAGAAAUGAAAAGGAAAGACUAGAAAAACUGCUUCUGGAUGGCGAUAAAAAUUAUCAAGAAAUAAAAGAUGAAAUUCUGUUAACUGAGAAAGAAAUGACAGAAACCAUAUCAAAAUAUGCAAAACAACUUCUAGAUGACCUUGAUGCAAUAUGGAAACCGACAGAAAAUAUGAUCAACACAGAAUUGUCUGACAUACAGAAAAAUAACGAGGACUUAUUAAAGAGCGAAGGGAGUUUAAAGAAAGUCUUUCACUCUCACCAGGCUUUGGAAAUUUUCUCUUCAAGAAAAAUGCUGGAUAAGAAAUUGCCAACGAAAUCAGUGGAAACAAUCAACUGCAACAUUCUUAAAACAACAUUUGUUUCUGGAAAAAUAUUUAAAAAGCAAAAUAUAGGAAAAAAAGUAUUUGGUGAUUUAUAUGAAGUUCCAGAUUUACAACUAGUCAGAGAAUAUCAUAGUGACAUUAUAAACAUAUGGAACAUUCUUAACUGUGAUAGCAAUGAAGCAUUUAUUGCAAGCUAUACUGGGGGGAAACUACAAAAAGUUAUAUUUGAAGGAAAUAACAUUAAAGUAGAAGAAGACUUCAGUAUGAGUGUAUUAAAUAUGGCAAAACUAGGUAAUAAUGGAAUUCUUUUGUCAACAGGAGAAAGUGAUCUACAAGUGUAUUCAAUUGAUAAACAGUUCAAAUUAUUUAAGUCAUUUUCACCUUUAAAAUCCAUAAGUGUUCACGUUUCAAAAAACAAUAGAAUAUUUGUUGGGUUGGUUGAAGACUUUCCUUUUACAUACCCAGCUACCGAAGACAGCGUGAGAAGAGUUGUGGUUCUUAAUCAGGACGGUGACAUGCAACAUAUCUAUGAGUAUGACAAAGAUAAUCAGAGAUUGUUUACAUCACCAUGGAAAAUCAUAACCUUAAAUGAUACUAUUUAUAUCAUUGAUAGAAUGAAAAAAAACUUCGAAGGAAGGAUAAUGGGAUUAGACUAUGGGGGAAAACUGCUGUGGACUUAUAAUGGUUACGAUACCAAGUUAUAUUCAGGAAAAUUUUAUCCUAUUGACAUCUGCACAAACUCCUCUGGUAUGAUUUUAGUGGCAGAUAAGGACAAUAAUGCUGUACAUGUAUUAAAUUCUACUGGGGAAUUUAUUGUAUGUAAGGUUGUAAAAUCUAUAGGGAUUGAUUUACCAAUUAGUCUUGAUAUUGACAAAAAUGGAAUUUUGUGGAUAGGCUGCAAUACACGGAAAGCUGAAAAAGAUAGUAAGGCAAAAAUAUUUGCUGUAAAACUUGUUUAGAUUGUUUUUUAAUGUAAAUAUUAUUUAAUUAUGAAUUAUAAUACAAGAACAUUUUAUAUACACAUUCACAAUUAGA